AUGGGGCUCCUGAAUCUACCUGCGUCGAAGCGUAAUCCGCGUCAAUGGCGUCUCCUCGACAUCGUAACAGCUGCCUUCUUCGGUAUCGUCCUUCUCUUCUUCAUCCUACUCUUUACUCCUCUUGGCGAUUCCAUGGCGGCGUCUGGUCGGCAAACGCUCCUUCUCUCGACGGCGUCAGAUCCGAGGCAACGGCAGCGACUGGUGGCUUUGGUUGAGGCCGGUCAGCAUCUGCAGCCGAUCGAGUAUUGUCCGGCGGAGGCUGUUGCUCAUAUGCCCUGCGAGGAUCCGAGGAGGAAUAGCCAGCUUAGUCGAGAGAUGAAUUUCUACCGGGAGAGACAUUGUCCGUUACCGGAGGAGACUCCUCUCUGCUUGAUUCCUCCGCCUUCUGGAUAUAAAAUUCCUGUUCCUUGGCCAGAGAGCCUUCACAAGAUUUGGCAUGCAAACAUGCCAUAUAACAAAAUCGCUGACCGGAAAGGUCACCAAGGAUGGAUGAAAAGGGAAGGUGAAUACUUCACUUUCCCAGGCGGUGGCACCAUGUUCCCUGGCGGAGCAGGCCAAUACAUUGAAAAGCUUUCGCAGUAUAUUCCGCUUAGCGGUGGAACUCUGAGAACUGCCCUUGACAUGGGAUGCGGGGUAGCAAGUUUUGGAGGUACUCUACUAUCUCAAGGCAUUUUAGCCCUCUCGUUUGCUCCGAGAGAUUCACAUAAGUCGCAGAUUCAGUUCGCCUUGGAAAGAGGAGUGCCUGCAUUUGUUGCCAUGCUUGGCACUCGUAGACUCCCCUUUCCUGCUUUCUCCUUUGACCUGAUGCAUUGCUCACGAUGCUUGAUUCCUUUUACGGCGUACAAUGCAACUUACUUCAUUGAAGUAGAUAGAUUACUGCGCCCUGGAGGAUAUCUUGUGAUCUCUGGCCCACCUGUACAAUGGCCUAAACAAGACAAAGAAUGGGCUGAUCUUCAGGCGGUGGCUAGAGCGUUGUGCUAUGAGCUAAUUGCGGUUGAUGGAAACACCGUCAUCUGGAAGAAGCCUGUUGGAGAUUCAUGUCUACCGAGCCAGAAUGAGUUCGGGCUUGAGCUGUGUGAUGAGUCUGUCCCGCCAAGUGAUGCAUGGUAUUUUAAGUUGAAAAAGUGUGUUACCAGACCAUCGUCAGCCAAAGGAGAAUAUGCUUUGGGGACUAUUGCCAAGUGGCCGGAAAGGCUUACCAAAGUUCCUUCUAGGGCCAUUGUCAUGAAGAACGGGUUGGAUGUGUUUGAAGCAGAUGCAAGGAGAUGGGCGAGACGAGUUGCUUACUACAGGAAUUCUCUGAACUUGGAGCUGAAACCUCCAGCUGUUCGCAAUGUCAUGGACAUGAACGCCUUCUUCGGAGGCUUUGCAGCAGCCCUUGCAUCUGAUCCUGUGUGGGUUAUGAAUGUCAUUCCAGCUCGGAAGCCAUUAACUCUUGACGUGGUUUAUGACAGAGGUCUCAUCGGUGUCUACCAUGACUGGUGUGAACCCUUCUCAACAUAUCCCCGUACGUAUGAUUUCAUCCACGUGUCGGGAAUUGAAUCACUGAUUAAACGGUCAGACUCAGGCAAACCGAGGUGUAGCCUAGUAGAUCUAAUGGUGGAGAUGGACAGAAUAUUGCGUCCAGAAGGAAAAGUUUUGAUCCGAGACUCACCUGAGGUGCUAGACAAAGUAGCACGAAUGGCUCAUGCUGUAAGAUGGUCUUCUUCCAUACACGACAAAGAACCCGAAUCCCACGGAAGAGAGAAGAUCCUUGUAGCAACCAAGUCUCUAUGGAAAUUGCCAUCAAACUCGCACUGA